CUGCCUGCGCUUCUCAGGUGUCCUGCUAAGGGCAGAGCUGCACGAGGUGACGGGGCCCUUCUGGCAGCUCCCCUUCCCCAUGCCCGCUCCCUGAGCCCCCUGUGCACCCAUGUGCUCACCCGGGAGUCGCUGCGCACCAUGAAUGACCAGUACCACCGAGCAGCCCGGGAUGGCUACCUGGACCUGCUGAAGGAAGCCACCAAGAAGGACCUGAACUCGCCGGACGAGGAUGGCAUGACCCCCACCCUGUGGGCCGCCUACCAUGGCAACCUGGACGCCCUGCGCCUCAUUGUCAGCAGAGGGGGGGAUCCAGACAAAUGCGACAUCUGGGGGAACACGCCUCUUCACCUGGCGGCAGCCAACGGCCACCUGAACUGCCUUUCCUUCCUCAUCUCUUUUGGGGCCAACAUCUGGUGCCUGGACAACGACUACCACACCCCGCUGGACAUGGCAGCCAUGAAGGGGCACAUGGAGUGCGUGCGCUACCUGGACUCCAUCGCUGCGAAGCAGAGCAGCCUCAACCCCAAGCUGGUGAGCAAGCUGAAGGACAAGGCGUUCCGGGACGCCGAGCGGAGGAUCAAGGACUGCGUGAAGCUGCAGAAGAAGCACCACGAAAGGAUGGAGAAAAGGUACAGAAAGGAAAUGUUGGAUAACUCAGACACCAUGAGCUUCUCCAGCUAUGCCAGUAGCACCUUAAGCAAGAAGUUCCAACACAUGUCCAUGGUGACCUCUCUGCCAUACUCACAAGCCACCAUCCACGGCACAGCCAAGGGAAAGACGAAAAUACAGAAGAAGCUGGAGAAGAAGAAGCAGGUGGACGGGACGUUCAAAAUCUACGAGGACGGGAGGAAAAGCGUGCGGUCCCUGUCCGGCCUGCAGCUGGGGAACGACGUCAUGUUUGUGAAGCAGGGCACAUACGCCAGCCCCAAGGAGUGGACUCGGCGGAAUAUCCGGGACAUGUUCCUCACCGACGAGGACACCGUCUCCCGUGCCAUAAGCGACCCGGGGCUGCACAUGGACUCGGCCCACUCAGAAGUCAGCACCGACUCCGGCCACGAGUCCCUGUUCAACCGCCCCGGCUUGGGCACCAUGGUGUUCCGGCGCAACUACGUCAGCGGCGGGCUCUUCGGCAUCGGCCGCGAGGACGCCGGCGUGCCGGGGGAAGGCGGCGCGGAUGGGCUGGGUGUCAAACUGCGCAGCCGCCUGCAGCGCUCGCCAAGUCUCAACGACAGCAUUGGCAGUGCCAACAGCCUGCAGGAGAGGAACGCGGAGGAGCUGCCCUGGGACGAGCUGGAGCUGGGCCUCGAUGACGAUGACGAACCAGACACCAGCCCCCUGGAGACCUUCCUGGCCUCCCUGCACAUGUUUGAGUUCAUCUCUAUCUUGAAGAAGGAAAAGAUCGACUUGGAGGCCCUCAUGCUAUGUUCAGACAGUGACCUGAAGAGUAUCAACAUCCCAUUGGGCCCCAGGAAAAAGAUUGUGGAUGCCAUCCAGAGGAGACGGCAGACUCUGGAGAGGCCAGACGUUAUUGUAGACACUGAACUGUAAGUAGGAGAUGGGGCCACCGAGCGAUUAAACCUUUCAGCGGGUGGAGAUUUGGAUAAUGUAAGGUCUGCUUUUCAACUCACUUGGAAAAGCAGGAGUCCAGGUAACCUCAGUGCUUCUGUGUGUGAGCAAAUUCCUGCUUGUGUGGAAAUGAUGAGAGUUCAGAGAGGUGGCAAUAGCAUUAGUUCAUUACUCAACAGCCCUUGUGGCUGGGCAGGAUGUGAAGUCCUUGCUUUGUUUCAUAACCUUUAUGAAUGCAGACUGCUCUGUGGUCUGAUGCUUCUGAGUCCCCUAGCUAGGAUUUCCAGCCACACGCUUGCCUUGACUCUUCACCUUUUGAAAGAAGUAAUGGUGGUUCCCGGUGGGAGCCGGCUGAGCGCAGCGCCCAGUGCCACUCGCAGUCCUUCCCCAAGAGCUUCAGAUCUUCAGAGAUCUUGGAGAUUGCAUUAUCUGGGUUGGAGCUGUUACUUUAUGGCCUUUCCAGAGUUUGUUUGGCUUGGUCUGAAGGCCUGCAUGCUUGCCAUUGAGGUGAACUGAAGUUAUUAGCAUGGUGUCCCCGCUGUCACAUCUGCUGACACCCCAACCACUGUGCUCCUUUUGCUUCCCAUCCUUCAUGGAUCUGUGUGUUUCUUCCUCGUUUUUCUGGCUUCCAGCACAGCUCAGUCUUGGACCUCCAGGGUGCUGACAGGCUUUUCUCUUUCCUUUUGCAGAUAGCAGCAGCAGCAUUUUACUGUUUUGGUUUUUUUUAUUUUUUUAUUUUUUAUUUUUUAAAUGAAACAAACCCAGUUCUAAGUUGCCAGAAAUCACAAGCCAGAGACUCUCUUCCUGGGGCAGCUGAAAGCUGCAGCCGUCCCCGUCCACCCCUGUGCCCUGCCCUCCUGUUCCCCCAUUCUGCUCCAUCCGCGAGAUGCUCCCAGCGGUACCCGAUGGAGGAUGGCUGCUGGGAUGGGACCAGGCAGCUGCCACCCCCUCCGCUCACCAGAGGAAUGCGUGGGGGCUUGAGAGCACACGAAGCCAUGAAAGGAAGGAGCAGUGUGAUGGUAUUUUCCAAGGGACCCAAAAUAAACAAUCACAUCUGUUCUUUCUUGAGCAAGUGGUUGAUUUGGGGCACUGGGUAGAGGAGUGGGGAGCUGUGGAGCUGUCUCCUGGUCCUCCAUUGCUUCGGUCCAUUGUUUGAUGCUGUGGUUUGGAAGGGAGUUUUGGUUACCCUGGUUUGGGGCUGUUCAGCUUGAGACUUGCCAGCCCUGCUUUCUGCCAGUGGAGCUCAGCGUGUCCAUGAGACUGACCUGUGCUGUGGUCUGUGAUGAUCUGAAAUGAAGAUGCUGUUUUGUUGGGUUGUUGCCUGUUGCAACAUGGGCAAUGUGUCUGUCCUGUCCUUGCAGGACAGGAACUGAGCCUGGAAUUUCACCCAGAACUUCCCAGGCCUGGGGGCAGCACCUGUGGGCAUCACAGCUGG